AUGUUUGAAUCCGCCGCGCACGGCUCGCCGUGUAGAAAAUUUCAUACAGGAAUGUCAGGAAGACGUUAAGAAUAAACUAAUUAACGAGGCCUAUCAAAUGCUUAAGGAGGAGGUAUACAAAGAUUAUCAGCCGUUAGAUGCUAACGACGACAAUAUACAGUUGAUGAGAGAUCCUCCGACUAGCGUGCCAGACUCCGCGGCAUUUCAGGGCACAGGGUCGGGAUCCUCUGCUCAGUCUGGUGCUUCGGCUUCUUCGCUUACCACUGCGGAAGGUUUUGAUUUGCCGUUGGGCUAUGACAGCUAUCAGGUUAAACCAUCCAAACGACGACUAACGCGCUUAAUGCAUAGUAUUCGUCGCAUUACAUAUGACCAGCCCAACAACAUCUACCACCCCACUUUGGUGCCCUUCGAGGAUAAACGGAUAGCGGGCUGCCUGCUACACUGUGUCUACGCUAAAAACAAUGCAAUCGACAAGCUCGGCUGGCCUACACUAGACGGCCUAGUGGACUUUUAUUCGGAGGGAGUGAACGAGCAUGGCUUUUUCAUGGCCACUCUGCGUUCUGUAAACCUUUGCCUACGUGCAGUUACCAUGAAGUAUCGUAUUAAUCGUCACAAGCUGCCGGAGAGGGGUGAAAGCUGUGAUUUAGCUUUCGACGUCUUCGACUGCAUUUCAGACCAAAUAACGGGUUAUUGCUUGGAUCAAUAUAAGUAAUAAUUUUAU